CUUACCUCCUCCAUAAAAUACAAGAAACAGGCAAAGAUAGAGAGAGAUACAGAUAGAGAAUGGGAUCUUUAGUAUCAAGCUUGCUGGGAGGCGGCGAAAUCGCAGAGGCAGCACCGUCUUCAUCUGACCCAUCUCGGGUUAUGCCGUUUCACUCCUCCGCCAGAUGGCAGUUACACUUCAACAACUCCAAAGACUCCUCCCAGCUUAUGGUAAUAGAUUUCGCUGCAUCUUGGUGUGGCCCCUGCAAGUUCAUCGAGCCCGCCGUCCAUGCCAUGGCCUCCAAGUUCACUGACGUUGACUUCGCCAAGAUCGACGUCGAUGAAUUACCUGAUGUGGCGCAGGAGUUUCGGGUGCAGGCGAUGCCGACUUUUGUGUUGGUGAAGAAAGGGAAGGAAGUGGACAGGGUGGUUGGUGUCAAGAAGGAUGAGCUCGAGAAGAAGAUCGAGAAGCACAGGGCUCUCCAACCAUCCUCUUGAUUAUGAUCGUCUCCUUCAGUGUGUAUCCCUUAUUUUCCAUUAUCACUACUACCACUACUACUACUAUUAUUAUUAUUGUUGUGGAUUUGUUGGCUGGGAUUACCUCAAUGAGAAAUGAGAAAUUCCAUUACGAUGA